GACUUCUCCUGGGGAUCUUGGACUCAAGGCUUUGGUAACACUCUCUCAACUAAUAACAGGGUAAGAAAUCCUGCCUGCUGCCUUUCCAUAAAAGGAAAAUAAUUCCCUUUAACCAUGGCUAAUUCGACCAAACAUGUGCUUAGAAAAGAUCCUCUGGAGCCUGACUCUUCAGUUGAAGAAUGUGAAAGGAACUGCUGUAUUUUAAGUUUUAAACUUGCUGUUUUAAAUCAGAAGAGAUGGAAAUCAAUUAACCUUUCUCUUCUUAUCUGUCUCCAGUCAACUCUGUACUUAGAACAUUCUUGAACUCAUUUAAGUUUAUUAUCCACUUCAGUCGUAUUUUUCUAGUUUGUAUGAAGCAGAGGCAAUGAGAGUAAUGAUUUCCCUAUUUCAGGUUUAAUAGUAAACAUUUUCUUUUAGUUCAUUUGGAUAAUGCUACAUAAGGUUUUUAUCAGUGAUAGGAGAGAAGACUGACUCAAUUAUAGCUCACAGGUGUUUGUAUCCUAGUUUAGCAAUCACUUUGUGCAGUCAGAGAAAUCAUAUUGUUUAAGAACUUGCUCAAAACUUGAGUUAACGGUAGGCUUGAAUACAGCAGAUAUCUUUAUAUCUCACAUGCUCUUGUCUGUGUAGAACCAAUUUAUAACACGUAGCUUUUAAAUAAAGAAACAAUAGACACUUAAAAAUAAACAUUUUAUAGUUUUAUAUUUUUUUCUUUAGGCUUGACCAUCUCCAUUAAUACAGAAAUUUUCAUUUCUACUUGUACCAAAAGCAACUUAGAAAUAAAAAAAUGUAAACAUGUCUUUGAAGCUGUUUGUUAACUAUAAAAAUAAAGUUGUAUCUUGUUCUACUUCGAUUUGAUUGCAAAAUGGGUGUUUUUCAUGUUUCAUUUAUAUAAUUAAUAAAUAUUAUUAAGUAAGGAUUCUUAACACACAUGCCUUGAAACAGUUGAGAUCUAACAAAAUGUAAAGAACCCCAAAUAAUAUUUUAUAUCAGUAGAUAAUAUUAUACCAUAAUUCCCAUUAAUAUCUACCUGUGCACACUCUGUUAAAGCCUCCUGUAAGAGCAACUUAUAUAAGCACAGAGGGUAAGCAAGUCUUAGCACUGAUUCUAACUUUAUGGUUUUAUUUAAAGUCCAUUUUUCUUUGUCAAUUUUUACCAAAGCCUAGAUGAUUUACUCAGGUGUGGAGUGACUUUUGCUGCCAACAUGGUGGUUGUGGACAAAGAAAGCACCAUGAGUGCUGAGGAAGACUACAUGGCGGACGCCAAAACAAUUGUGAACGUGCAGACUCUUUUCAGGUUGUUUUCCAGUCUCAGUAUUAUCACAGAGCUUACUCACCCAGCCAAUAAGAGAUUUAUGCAAUUCAGAGCCAAAGACUGUUAUUCUCUUGCUCUUUCAAAACUGGAAAAGAAAGAACGGGAGAGAGGUUCUAAUUUGGCCUUUAUGUUUCGUCUACCUUUUGCUGCUGGGAGGGUGUUCAGCAUCAGUAUGUUGGACACUCUUCUGUAUCAGUCAUUUGUGAAGGAUUAUAUGAUUUCUAUCACCAGACUUCUGCUGGGACUGGACACUACACCAGGAUCGGGGGUUCUUUGCUCUUCUCAAAUAUCUAUCAGUGUAGAAGAGUGGGAAGACACCAAAGACUCCAAAGAACCAGGGCACCACCGCAGCGGCCACCACAACUCGACCUCCAGCGACCAGUUGGACCAUCCCUUGCUGUGGAGAAAGAGCGUGCAGUGGGCCCGAAGACUGAGCAGAAAAGGUCCAAAACACUCUGGUAAAACAGCUGAAAAAAUAACACAGCAGCGACUGAACCUCUACAGGAGGUCAGAAAGACAAGAGCUUGCUGAACUUGUGAAAAAUAGAAUGAAGCACUUGGGUCUUUCUACAGUGGGAUAUGAUAUGCUCUUUAAAACUACUGUAUAUGUGGACUUGUGAUUUCUUGCCAGUAGUUACAUAGUUGGCUCUAAUUUAGUAUAGAAUUGCAUUUUUGUUUCACAGGUCAAUUUGUAGGCACUGCUGACACAUAUCUAAUCUCCUUCAGAAAGUUUAAAUAAUAAUAAAAAUAAAGUGCUAAAAA